CCCCGGCCCAGGCCUGUACGUGUGGGACGUGGAGGGGAACCGCUACUACGACUUCCUGAGCGCCUACAGCGCGGUCAACCAGGGCCACUGCCACCCCAAGAUCAUCGCCGCGCUCAACGCGCAGGCCUCCCGCCUCACGCUCACCUCCCGGGCCUUCUACAACGACGUGCUGGGCAGCUACGAGGAGUACAUCACCAAACUGUUUGGCUACCACAAGGUGCUGCCCAUGAACACAGGGGUUGAGGGUGGAGAGACUGCCUGCAAGCUGGCCCGCAAAUGGGCUUACACGGUGAAGGGCGUCCCCAAGAACCAGGCCAAAAUCAUCUUCGCUGAGGGAAACUUCUGGGGAAGAACCAUGGCGGCCAUCUCCAGCUCCACCGACCCCAGCAGCUACGAAGGCUUCGGGCCCUUCAUGCCCGGCUUCGAGCUCAUACCGUACAACGACAUUCCCUCUCUAGAGAAGGCUCUCCAGGACCCCAACGUGGCGGCCUUCAUGGUGGAGCCCAUCCAGGGGGAGGCUGGGGUGGUGGUGCCCGACCAGGGCUACCUCACCAAAGUCAGGGAGCUCUGCACCCAGAACAACGUUCUGUGGAUCGCCGACGAGGUCCAGACCGGGCUGGCGCGGACGGGCAGGCGGCUGGCGGUAGACCACGAGGGGGUGCGCCCCGACAUCGUCAUCCUGGGAAAGGCUCUGUCCGGAGGGGUCUACCCGAUCUCGGCGGUGCUGUGUGACGACGAGGUGAUGCUGACCAUCAAGCCCGGAGAGCACGGCUCCACGUACGGCGGGAACCCGCUGGCGUGCCAGGUCGCCAUGGCGGCGCUGGAGGUGAUGGAGGAGGAACGUCUGGCGGAGAACGCCGAGUGGAUGGGCCGGAUCCUGCGCUCGGAGCUGAGGAAGCUGCCCAGCGAGGUGGUGACCAGCGUCAGGGGGAAGGGCCUGCUCAACGCCAUCGUCAUCAAGGAGACUAAAGAUUACGACGCCUGGCAGGUGUGUCUGCGUCUCCGGGACAACGGACUCCUGGCCAAACCCACCCACGGUGACAUCAUCCGCCUGGCCCCGCCCCUCAUCAUCAAGGAGCACGAAGUGUUGGAGUGCGUCGAAAUCAUCCGCAAGACCAUCAUGUCCUUCUAGAGCGGCUCUUCAGAGGAUGAGAGGGGGGAGUCCGGACUGCAGACGCAGGGACAGAAAGGGGCUUCUCAGACUGCGAGUGGAUGCAUUGGACUUUUGAAACCUUGAAGCGCUUUGUAUGUGUUUGGAGUAGGGCGGCGAAUCGACAGAACUGCAUCAAUUAAUCAAUGCAGUUUGCUCAACCCUGUACUUAUCGUUUAGGGGGGAACAUGUGAUGUCUGUCCUGCUGAACGUUCCCUGGGAACCUGAUCCUUGUUGGUAGGAGGUGUUCUCCUGUUUGUGUUCUGGCUUUAGAUGGCGGUGGAUUGAUGGAGGGAUUUGGGAGAGUUGUAAAUCAGGAAUGAGGAGUUCAGUGUUGGUUCUCUGUGUCCAUUAUGACCUGCGGAAGGAAGGAGGGAAACUAACGGUAUUUAAACAUUUCUUGUUGAAUGUGAUUCAUACUUAAUAUUUUAAUAUUGGUUCCUGACCGUUCCUGGAAUAAAAAUAAUGUUUAACUGGC